GAAAGGGUCCAUACAAAAAGUCAAUCGCAAAAGGUGCACCUAGUGUGAAGGAUAACUGGAAAAUUGAAUAAUAGUGAUUGGGUGAAAUAUUUCGAUAAAAAUAGUUUUUUUUUCAAGUGUAUACAUAUUUUUCUUGUGCAACGAUGAUGAACCGAUCUUUGGCGACAGUAACCGCGGGUUUCCUGCUUCUUCUUGUUCUGCUACCAGAACCCACACAUGCCAGGCCUCCCGGUGUCAUCAGUCGUCAAAAGCGAGUUUCUGACCAAAGACUGGCAGAACUUGAAACACUGAUGGCACUAUCCAGAUUGAAAGGCAAACUAGUGACAGUUCCUAUUGGAUUUGGGCGCGUGGAUCCAGCCAAAAUAGGCCGUAAACGACGAUCAAGUGCAGGAAAUAACAUACAAAACCUUCGACGAUUCUUUCAAAAUAUUUCGCAAGAUGCAGAAUUGAUCGAUGAUGAAAGAAGAGGAAUGAUCCCUGCAUCUUGGUCACAGAAAGACGCGAAUGAUCGCCCCGGCAAUGAAAUGAAAGAUCCUCCGUUCUUCUAAGUUAAAAUUUACUAACAAAAGAGCAAUGAAGGUAAAAAGUCAUGAGAGGUUCUCAAUCCUCAUCGCCUGAACAGUAUUAGCGGAUUUUCUGCCGUCCGAAACUAAGCUCUACACUAAAUUUUAUUUGAAGUUAUGAAUCGAGGAUUAAAGAAUUAAUUAUAAAUGUGAAAUCGACACUUACCGCCAGGAAUGAAAUUUGAUGUAGAAUCUACAAACCAGUCAAGACAUUCGCAACUCACUGUGUUCUUUACCUGAAGCAUUAUUCUCUUUAAUGCGCAAAUCUGGAAAAAAUAUUACCACCAAUAGUGUGCUAUUUGUGAAAUCGGGUACGUUUAAGGCCUAAGUACUUAAAUGAAAGGAGAACUAUUUUUAAAUACUUAGACUUUCGAAAAAUGAAAUGGAAAUAUUUUUUUCCUGGCGUAUGUCAAAACAGUAUUUCCGGUCAAGGUGUCGUAAACGCAUUGCAAUUUUAGUUAGGUAUUUAUUUAAUUUAUUAAUUCAUCGAAUCAAUCGAAUUAGUCUAACUGAUGAAAUUAUAUUAUUUUAAAUAGUAAUGGUCUGGUGGCAUUUCGAUCGCGAUGGCGCCUCUUUUGCAAUCGAUGAGAUUUUUUAAAUCAUUUAUAUCAUCCAUGCUAUUUAUAUUACAUUAGGCAAAUUUGCGUAAGCAUACUUUGUCAAUAAUUAUGAUAAAUUUGUCGCGUAUCAAGAUCGCGCUCUAUCAUUAUUUAUUAAGUGUAGAUACUGCGCCGAGAGAUUAAAUUCGCGAAAAGCCAUCGUGAUCAAGAUUAAAUGUAUUAGCGAAAUUUUUAAUUAUAAUAAUUUAUUAUCUCGAGGAAAGAAGUAAUUCGAAUUUGUAUUAGAUUGAAUUAAACUAAAGAAUUUUCUUUAAAAAAUUUUAAAGUAUUAUCAAAUGUUAUGGAAGCAGUGCUUCUUCGUAUUUUAUCUUAAUAAAUAAUUCAAUAGCUUUUUUUCUCGAGGUUCUUAGCUGGAUAUGAUAAUAGAAAUUUUAUUUAUUCUAUAAAAACCCAGUAAUUAAUGUAUCAUUACUCUGGAGUUCUCUGCAUGAUGAUAUUUAUUUGUGGAGAAAACUUAAGACUUUCACAUUUUUGGAGAACGAUGCUCGUGCAAAUGUUAAAGAAAUGUUUACAUUUUGUAAAAUAAGAGUAUAUAUGGAUUAUGGAUAUGCCAAUCAAGUAUUUAUCUUAUUGUUAUAUAAAAAAGAAGACAGAGCCUUUAAUUACGACGCAUAUUCGUAUUGUAUCAUAUACUAGCAAACUUUUUGUGAUAAAUGUUAAUUUAUCUGCCCCAUGUAACUAGGCAGAUUAAUUAUUUAUUCAAUAUUCAUGUUCCUAAUUUAUUGUCAUCUAUCGUUUCAUGUGAGAAUAUAAUGGAAUAAUGUAUUCGAAGAUGUUUAUUUUAUAAGUGGUCACAAAUUUGUGUGCAACUUCGGAUACAAUAAACACGGAAUCCACUAAUUAA